CAGUAACAGGGGUUCAUGAGCUGGUGCUGUUUUAUGGGGGCAAUUAUUUAAAUUGCCAAAAUCCAAUCAAUGCUGGUACAGACCCACCUGGAAAAUCCAGCCAGGUAUCAUAUUCAGCAGACUCAGAGGCAUCAAGUGAAGCAGUACCUGACACUCGAUACCAAGCUGUCCAGCCAAACGUUGUCACUAUCUCAUUCCCAUUCAGUCCAUUCUUCAGGAGCUACACCUAUAUUAAGAAGUGGGCAUAUGCCUCCUGCCAAUGAUAUCAGCACUCCUGGAAGUCCAGUGACCAAGUUACUAGCCCUUGGAGAAGAACAUGAAAAUGCGAUGGAGGAGGUCAUUGAUGACAUAAUCAACAUGGAAUCGAGUUUUAAUGAUGAAGGAAUAGGUUGCACUGAAGCACCACUGCUCAUGCAAAGAACUCUUUCAAGUAGCAUUCUGGAUAUAUACAACGGUGACCAAGGAAUGCCAGCUGCUAAUAUGGGUCUUACAAAUACUUCCUGUCCAUCUAAUUUGCCUGUUAAAAGGGAAAUCACAGAAACAGAUACACGAGCCAUGGCAAAGGAGAGGCAAAAAAAGGAUAACCAUAACCUCAUUGAAAGAAGAAGGAGGUACAACAUUAAUUACCGGAUCAAGGAGCUUGGCACACUUAUCCCAAAGUCUAAUGAUCCUGAUAUGCGAUGGAACAAAGGAACUAUUUUAAAAGCAUCAGUGGAGUAUAUCAAGUGGCUACAAAAAGAACAACAAAGAGCUAGAGAAUUGGAACACAGACAGAAGAAAUUAGAGCAGGCUAAUAGGCGACUUCUGCUUCGAAUUCAGGAACUAGAAAUACAGGCCCGAGCCCAUGGCCUGCCCAUCAUGUCUUCAAUCAGUACUGUAGAUUUAGCAGCCCAUGUCAUGCAACAACAGGCAUUUCCAGAAGGGAACUCAGUAGACUACACUCCACCUCUGGCAGUGGCCCAUGAACAACAUUCUGACCUUGGGGAUGCAUCUGCAGCAUUUUCAGAUCCACUCUCACAUUUUACAGAUUUGUCUUUUAGUGCCGCUUUAAAAGAACAAAGGCUCGACGAAAUCUUACUCGAUGAUACAAUAUCACCAUUUGGGACAGAUCCACUUUUAUCUUCUGUAUCUCCUGCUGCCUCCAAAGGGAGCAGCCGAAGAAGCAGUUUUAGUUCAGAUGACGGUGAUGAUGUAUAACAUGAGAAAGACUGCAUAACUGGAGGAUGGGGUUUUUGUUGUUGUUAUGUUUUUACAUUGUGGGUGCUAAGAAAUGGUGUUAUAUAUUUAUGUUGUUCUCAGCUCAACAAAAAAACUAACUAACUAACUAACCACCAAUCAGUAUUAGUUGUCAAUAGAAUCCAUUAGGGAACACAUGGUUUAGGUGAGUGCAAACAUCUCAGAUAAAUGGACAGCAGAAUAAAAAGAAAUCUGAUUGUAUCCAGAUUUCACAACUGACAUUUACAUUUAUUCUCCAUUAGGAAAGCUGUAGAUUUCUUUCCAUUCAGUUUUACACCAAGAUUGCAUGGUUUCCAUAACCUAACCUCAACUGCUGUUAUAAUUAUGGUUAUUGGUAGCCGUAGCUGAAUCUAAACAUGGAGGGUAUGUUUCCCAGUCUAGGGCACUUGAGGACGUUGCUUGAGAUGGUGAAGCUGAAUUCUAAAAUAUGAACAAACAGAAUGUACUGCUCUAUAGACCAGGCAAAGGUAGGUCAAGCUCUUAUACAGACAAGGCCUGGUCAAUCCAGGGGUUACUACAGGGUGAUGUUGGACUCUUGUUACACAGGGUCAUGACAGAUCUCUAGACUAGGCCCCAGUCUCAGACUGUGUAGAACCUAGUUCAAGUCCUGGAGUUCCUGACACUACUUUUUUUAAAAAGCACAUCUCUAAACUACUGUUACAAUACACUUUCCCCAGAGUGAACAAGAUAGAUUGGUUAAUGUGUUUAAUGAUGAAAAAGAAGAAAUAUUAAUAAUGUAGAUUGCUCUAAAACAUUGGCUACUGUAAUUUGCUCUAAUGGAAAGGGAGAAAUGACACAUACACACACACACAGACACACACGGCUGGAAAAUAUGUAGUUAUCCCUUGAGCUGGCAGGAAUUUUGCAGGAUUUAUUGUAAAUGUUCUUUGAACUGGAAGUGCAAUGCUAAAAACAUUGUUUUGCAGUGCACUGAAAAUCUCUGUUUCUUUGAAAUGUCACAUGUUUUAGUGUUCCAAAAGCAACAGACAUAGGUAUGGAGGUCAGAGACCAAAACAUAGAGAGGGAUCCUGCAGUGUUACAUAUGACAGAUUUAAAUAGUGAAAAAACCCUUUCUCCUUUUAAUUCGAGGCACAAAUAAUUGUAACUUCCUUCCUUUCCAGCUAGAAUGAUUUACAGCUAAAUAUUUAAGAAGUGUACCUUGUAGACUUUGCUAGCAUAUACUAUAUGCUGUAAUACCUCCUGAAUGCCUUGAAUGCAUCUUGUUAUCCUUGCUAACAUGUGAUGCUAUACCUACGGUACAGAAGGAAUCCUUUGUUCCUAUGGUGGCGGGGGUGGGGGUACUCUAUAAUUUCAUUAUAUACAAAAUCUUUGUGUUGAUACUUUAUUAAUCUAGAUUUAUUAUCAAAAAGGUGAAGUGGGUUGACCUUGGAACCACAGUGGAUUAUUCGGACAACUAUAUGCUUUAUGGUAGUCAAUGUCAUACACUUGUAAUGGACUUUUGCAAAACAUAUAGAUUGAUGAAGUAAUAGAGGUUUAGCAGGAAGAGGGCAUGGGUUACUCACAUCAUUUUUGUACCUAGUGGGAUCCUGGAGAGUCGUGUGGGUUCCUGAAGUGAAUUAAACAGAACAAUUCUCUAUCAAAUACUAAUAAAUCAGAAAAUAAGCUGGCACUUAUUCUUCCCAACUUUGUGCUCUGAAAAGUUAAGUGAUGCUUUAGAAAUGGGAAAGAGAGGGCGCGAGAGUUCAAGUUCUAGACACUUUAAAAUUGCAGAAAUCUCCAUCAUAUUACUUUUAAGACACUAGUGGGCAAGUUCUUAAUGGAGAUAAAGAGAUUAAAUAUGAAUGUGCGACACAAUUCUUUCAUUCAGCUUUUGUAAGGGUGUCUGAUCAUUCCUUUGAACUAUAUUGAUUUUAGGAGGUCCUGGUUUGUGUUAAAAAGGCAUCACAAUGGAUGCUUCUGUAUUUUAAAUGUCCAUUUGCUCUUUUUUAAAGAAAAGUUUCAUUAAGAAACACUUGCCAAGCAUCAUUUAUACUCAGGUACAUCAACCAUUUGGAUAGGCAAGGAUCCAAGACAGUUGAAACUCCUGGCACAUGUGAAACUCCUGUAUGACCAAUCUGAAAAAUAAUUGCUGUGCAGAUGCGUCCUCUUUAAUGUUAAAUGUCUGUCUAGUGCCACUGGCUUUGUGCCUUUGCUAUUUCACUGACACUCGGCACCUAGCAAGAUCAAGCUCUCUGAGAUCUCAUAUUGAGCUCUUUAUAGGAAAGGUAGUAGUUCAUGCAGCAUUCCCAUGGAUGGAAAUACAGUGUAGACUGGAUUGAUAUCUGAGUAUAUGCUACAAGUGUAAUUUUUGGGGAAAUAUGUCCAAAAGGCUUCCAGUACAGCCUUAAUCAAGUCUUGGUAAUAGGCAUGUGCUCUUCAUAUGGUGGAGGCCCUAGGAACCUUUACCACUAGAAUAUUCAUUGGAACAGAAGGGCUAAAUAGUCCCGUCCCCCCCAAUAACAGAUAUUUAAAACUAAUCUUAUCCCUCUAGUAUACAUGAACCAUAGUAAACUCCUCAUUAUGCAAAAAGAAGAGGAAUUGAAAUACUGCUGCCUUGUUUAAUUUAUGAAAUUGAUAUAGAUACUCAUCGGACAACUCCCCCCUCCCCACCGCCAAAGCAUUUUAUGACCUACAGUGUAGAUAAUACGUGAAAUGCUAAAAUACAUGAAAACAUUUUUUAAAAGCCAGAAUGCUGUUGCUUUAUAGUAUAAAGGGCUGAGAAUAUUUCAGUCACUUCAUCUUAAUAAGAACAUUGUUAUUUUAAUACAUUUGACUGUAAUAGGGUUGUAUAUAAAAUGGAUAAUGUAAAAUUAUUGUAAUUUAAAAUUGUUAAGUCUUCUAGAUCAGUUAAGGCAUUUACAUUGCUAUUACAAGACUGUUGAGUCAUUUUUAUAAUAAUUGCUAUUUUUCACUGUCUCCCUUGUUUUCUCUCUCUUGUUUUCUAAGUAACUGUGUGCAACAGAAUGUGCUUUAUUACAUAUCUUUAUGCAAUCUUUAUUAAAAUACUUUUAAUAUGG